AUGGGACUCUAUCAGAUAUUCGGUUACAAUCUAUCUAGUAUCCUAAUGGGGACUUUUGAACAGUUUGAUGAGGGGAUCUUUGAACUAGAUGAUAAUCACAAGUUGGAUCUUCCCAUACCAUUUUCUGCCUUGACGCCGACAAUUCGAUCCCUUGAUGAUGCUUUAAAGCAUGAUCUUAGUUUAUCAGAGGAGGAGAUUGCACAAGAUGCUGGUGAAAGACCUAUAAAGAAUGUGAAAAGAUCGACUAUCAUUGAUGAGUUCGGCUUUAAGAUUGAUCGCGACAAAGAAGGAUUGCCACAACCGCUUGUUGAAUCGGUGGAAAAUCGCCGAAUCUGGAUGGCUUGCCUCGAAUUCUCCUACACUAAUCGUCUCAAUGAUUCGAACGAGGUUGGAGAGGAGUGUAGUAGUGAAGAUUCUCUCUGGAGUCGCCUUCUCCCUCGGAUAAGCACAUCUCCGCGCUUGACAGAGCUGGUCCGGGGGAUAGAGGAUCCACAGAACUCCGGUGAGCGGCUUAAGUGGUCGGGAGUCCCUAAUCUUGGCUCUAAGCUUAGUCCUCGUAAUGGCAUUCCUCACUCCAUGCGCGCUCAAAUUUGGCCGCGUCUCACUCGCGCCUACGAGCAACAGCGAACCAGCAAUGAGGGCGGUAAUGGUGGUGGCAAGAAAUGCCCACUUAGCUAUGCAGAGGUCAUUCGACACAGUUCCUCCGUAUCUCCAAAGAUCUCCCGCCAAAUUGAGAAGGACUUAUUGAGAACAAUGCCUAAUAAUGUUUGUUUUUCCUCGGCGUCGUCAAUCGGAAUCCCUCGGUUGCGUCGACUGCUAACUGCAAUUGCCUGGGUCUACACUGAUAUCGGCUACUGUCAGGGCUUAGGUGCUGUAAGUCAUUCUUCAAGAUCUGCGAUACGUACUUUUAUGGAUUUCUUCCUCUCACAUCUAAAUAGCAUGAUCAUGCUAUCAAGCUCCUUUUCUAAGGCAUAA